AUGGAAGGCCGUCGUCUUCUGGUGGCACUGACCAUUGAAUCCCUUCACCCAACACUUUCACUCGAAAUUGAAGUAAGCUACCGUCGUCUUCUGGUGGAACCGACCUUCGAAUCUCUUCACCCAACACUUUCACUCGAAGUGGAAGUAAGCUCAAGUCGUCUUCUGGUGGAACCGACCGUCGAAUCGCUUCACUCAACACUUUCACUCGAAAUGGAAGUCAGCUCAAACAUCUUCUGGUGGAACAGACCUUCGAAUCUCUUCACCCAACACUUUUACUCGAAAUGGAACAAUAGCUCUGGAUUAUGGGGCAACUUUCUCUCUAAAAGUGGGCAUAACGGAAGAAAGACGUUUGGUCAAAGGAUCGGCUUUACUUUUCUUUUUGACGAGUUGCUGUAUGGUGCCGACUACGAUGCCGGCGAAACUUUUGGGAAUGUACCACGUCCACGGUUCAACUUUGAAAAUGAUCAUGCAGUCAAUGGACUCCAUACUAGGUGGGUUCCUCUAAGUCUUCCUACUAUUCUGAGUCAAGUUCGGGAACUGCUGCUCACCGGUACAGUAACCAUGACGACAGACUCCAGAGAAGAGUCGAUACCACGAUGGGUGCCGUUGACUGGCUCCCUUAGCCGCCGAUGCAGGCCGAAGCACAACUCCGAGACCUCGUCGAGUUAA